AUGAACAACAACAACAGAUUGAUGAUGAGGGGAUGCGCCCUGGAGUGCCGUUCAGACACGUCGUGCUUAGCAUUCGAGUGGAAUCACGAGGACUCCAUAUGCUAUUUGAAGGCCCGAUCACUGACCGGCGAGAUGCACCGGAAAGAGAAUACGGUGGCCGGUUUCUGCAUCGACGAUGGUGGGUUCAACGAGUUUUAUUUUGCA